AUUAAUUAUAUUUUUCCUCUUAAAUAAAUAUUCCAGAAAUUUAAAAAAAUAAAAUCACUUCGCACUCAAAAAGAGAGAGAGAGAACCAAAUUCGCAGAUCUCAUCAAAAAGGAAAACGAAGAGAGAUCUUUUACAGCUCUGUAAGAUUGUCAAAUUGAAAGUGUACGUAAAUGUUACCCAUGCAUUACUAUUCAGAUGUGUGCAUAUCUGGCUAAAGGCGUCCCAGUUCAAGCUUAGUUCAUAAAAGCGUUACAGUGCGUAUAGUCAGAUAUUAGGCUGGUGGCAACACAAUGGAGCCAAUAAAUCCUAGUCUUGCUGGAAAGCAACGAUUGCGUUGGACCCAUGAGCUUCAUGAACGUUUCGUUGAUGCCGUCGCACAACUUGGUGGCCCGGACCGUGCUACUCCUAAAGGUGUUCUUCGAGUCAUGGGUGUGCAAGGGCUAACUAUUUACCAUGUAAAAAGCCAUUUACAGAAAUAUCGACUUGCUAAAUACCUUCCAGAUUCCUCAUCUGAUGGGAAAAAUUCUGACAAGAAAGAAUCAGGGGAUAUGCUUUGCAGUUUGGAUGGUUCAUCCGCCGGUGUGCAGAUAAAUGAGGCUCUAAAACUGCAGAUGGAGGUGCAAAAGCGACUACAUGAGCAACUGGAGGUUCAAAGACAACUACAGCUUAGAAUUGAAGCACAAGGAAAGUACUUGAAGAAGAUAAUCGAAGAACAACAACGGCUAAGUGGAGUCCUCUCGGAAGUUCCUGUUUCUGGGGUCACUCCACCAGCAGCUGAAAAUGGUCCGGAAUCCGAUAACCGGACUGAUCCAGGGACUCCUGCACCAACAUCCGAGUCUCCUCUCGUUGAUAAGCCCGUACAAGAACAUGCUCCUACCAAGAGCCUAUCUAUCGAUCAAUCAUUCUCCUCCUCGCAACAUGAGCCUCUUACUCCAGAUUCUGGUUGCCGCGAGACUUCUCCAAUAAACAGCCCGGAAGGUGAAAGAUCAUCAAAGAAACAAAGAGUAUGCGCAUUUACUAAAGCAGAUACGCUACUUCCCCACCAGAUUUUGGAAUCAAGCUUGAGCUCACAAUACCAGCAAUCAAAUCCAGUAGUUUUCCUGGCGAGCGAUCAGUUCAAUCUUUCAUCAGGAUUGACUCUUGGCAAUGAAGGUUCAAAAAUUUCUGGAAGUAACAUGUAAGUUACGUCAUAUUUGCAUGAUGCAUGUGCAAUAGAACUUCAAUUCAACUACUAUGUGUAGUCUGAAAAUGUCUGUUCUCAUUAGGUCACAGAUGCUACUUUGCUUACUGAAUGUAUUAGAUUAAAUAUACCUUUUAUUCUCAAGAAUUACUUUACAACUCUUGCUUUAUAGUCACUCUUAACAAAGUUCUGAA